UGAAUAGCUUGCGGACUAUAUUUUAAAAGGCUGCGCGAUUCGGUGUUUUAGAUAAUAUUUUCUUUUAAUGAAACUUAAGAAUACGCAGCUAAAGCAGUUAAAGUUGGGCGAAAAUGCUGUCAUGUUUUGUGUAUUGGUGACGCGGUUGUUUGUUGGGCAGUUCGCUGCGCUCAACCAAGCAUUCUCCACAAAUCUUGCGACGUUUCUUGCGUGGUAGUUCACUUUGUAGCCUAAUGAGUAUAUUCAUUUUUAAUUGUCACUAUGUGGACGUGCAGAAAAUGUGGAAAACCUGUUUACUUCGCCGAGCGCAAGACGUCGAUGGGCUAUGAGUGGCAUCCGGAGUGUCUACGCUGUGAAGAAUGUGGAAAAAGGUUGAACCCUGGACAGCACGCUGAGCAUAAGGGGGUUCCCUACUGCCAUGUCCCUUGCUACAGUGUUCUUUUUGGCCCGACCUUAUUUGGCCAUGGUUCACAAGUUGAGGCACACACAAGCUUUGGAAAAAACACCAAGGAUCGUCAGUGUGUUUCUUCUGUACCAAGAAAUCAUCUGGAGGGAAAACUAAAGGUUUACAAUCAAUACUACGAGGGGAAAAGUGGCAUUGUUCAAAGCCGUUUGAGAAAUGGCCGCCUGAUUUUGGAAGGGCCCAUCAGAAUCUACUGGGGAGUGAACAGAGUUAUCCGGCUGAAAGAAGACCACGAUGAUCGCAUCCCGGUACGAAGAAGGAGGACAUCACUGCGACUUAGUCGACUGGCCAUCAAUUCUAAAGACAGAGGGUCCAAGUACUUGCAGAAUGGUUCACCCGAGAAGGAAAGUACCAGUAGUGUAGAAAAUGGCACAGAAGACAAGAAUGGAGGUCUCAGAAUGAGCACAAGCACAGACAACAUGUUUUCAGAGCUGGCAGAUCCGGAAUGCAGUAAAAGCCACCCAAAUGGCCGUUCGGAAAUCGGCCGCAACUAUAGGACGCUGCCAAACCCCAGUAAGCAUUCAUUGUCAGACUUGGUGACUGGCACCAGUUCACAACAGCCAUUGACCAGUGAAGAUGCCAAUGGCUUUGAGGGUGUGACACUGCGCACCAAAGCUCGUUCAUCACGGGUGAAGCUGCGUCGGCGUUGUUCCAUCAACGGGCACUUCUACAACAGAGAGACAAGUGUGUUCACACCUGCAUAUGGUAGUGUGACCAGUGUCUGGGUGACAAGCCUUGUGAAUGCCCCAGAAGUAAUUAACCAACUUUUGGACAAAUUCAAAGUGGAAAACUCUCCUCAAGAUUUCGCCCUCUACGUUGUUCGAGACACCGGAGAACGAAGACUGAUGCAAGAUGAUGAGUACCCCCUUCUGGCAAGAGUGAUGCUGGGCCCUGACGAGGCUGUUGCCAAACUCUUCAUCAUGAACAGGGAGAACACCAACGAAAUACCUUAUGAGGUUGCACAGUAUCUCAACUUCAGUGAAGUGGAACUGACAACAUUCAUCAAGAAGUUUCAUGAAGAGGAGGACAGAGAAGUGGAAAAGAUAAAAAACAAGUUUAAGACACUGCAACAUCGAAUUCAAGCCAGAAUGCAAGAACUGAAGUCCAUCCCGGUCAAGAUCAACUCGUGAAGAGUGCAUGUGUGUGCAAUGUACCAUCUGAUGUUGCUUAUGGGCACUUACCAUUUUGGUUUAUAUUGUGUGCUCGGCAACCGCAAAACUUCUAAUGCAGUGGUGUUAUGUUGCAUGUUGUCUAUGCGGUCAAUUUGUCACGUAUUGUCUUGAUACGAAAAGAAGCGCGAAUUCUUUGAAAACUUUUUUCGGGAUAAGCGAAAAAUUCCAUAAUGCAAAAAAAAAGUUGGGUCGCUUAGCCUUUUGCAAUCGACACACGCACAUGUGUACACUGUUCGCAAACAGAUUCUUUGUUGCACUUCACUCAUCUUCGGUGGUUGAAGGCGCUAUCUUCUGCAAGCUGUCCCCGCGUUGCCUGCGCAUGUCAUAAAAGCAUUUCGCAGCUAUCUUUUCUCGCGAUUGUUUAACCGCAACAGUGGUAUCCGCUGUGAUCGCGAGGGGUGCUCAGAAGCAUGGGCUACGACGCACUUUGUGAACUUCGUGGCAACCUCUCAUGAUGGCCUUGAUGACACCAUUGACAUUGUAGCAAGUAACCAACACUACAGCAAGCUACCACCAAAGCAUCAAAGUGAACCGUCGAUAACAAGAUUAACGACAAAGCAUCGCCACCGCCCCGCUGUUCACAUGAGAAGUUACUGUAUAAAAGGUAGCCCAUAACUUGCGUUCCUUUUAGUAUGCGCGGGUAACAAGCACGAAGAUCAAAUUGCAACUGAAGUGAAAAUCUGGGGUGCUACUAUGUUCUGCAAAUCCAUGUCACGAUCUUUUCUGGGCGAGAAGCGAUGCUUUUUUUUUUCUGGUUUUUCAGAAACCUGUGAUGCGAUGGAGACGAAUAGCCCUUCGCAACAGCCAUGGUAUGGUAGCCAUGGAGAUAGCAAAUCCUGUUGUCGUCGCUCGAAAAUCGCGUGCAUGUGGUUAGGCCUUAAGGUUUCAUAUUUUCUGGAAGCAACUGCUGGUUGGCCCGGGCAGUUUUGAGACCUCCAUUUGCUGUUUACUUGCAUUUGUGAAUCCCGCUGUGGUGCAUAGAUAAUUUAAAAAGACUGGGGACGUGCCACACAUGAUUGA